AUGUGUGCUAUCGCUAUUAUUAGUUCGAAACAGUUAAACAAUGAUGACAACCAACAGGAAUUAUCGAAGACCAAUGCGUAUUCUUCGAAUGACGAUACGCAAUUUGCAAGAACUAAAAGAUCCUUCGAAUUUGUAGUACCGAUUAAAGAGGAACAACGCCAAAAUUUUGAUAACAAAAUAACAGAGAAAAGCUCUCAGAAUGGAGCAAUAAAACUUUGCAAAUCGGCACUAUGUACUACAACGAAUAUACCAUUAAGUAAAAAAUACAAGGAUAAAACUGUUGUAAAAGGUGAAAAAACAAGAGAACCGUACGUAGGUAUUAGUUUGUUCAAAGAAAUUCGUAAAAGGCAUAAACAAAAAGACUCGACCGAGAAUAAUAACAACAACGACGACGACGACGACGACGACGACGAAUUUGCGGAAUCGUUUGAACUAAAUCCCCAUACCGAUUUUAAGCAGAUUAAUCCAUUUGAUCAAAAAUUUCGUGAAAAUUCGCAUAAAUUAGUAUGUUAUUGUCGAAAGGAGGAUUGUCAGGAUUGUCAAUUGAGAAAUAAAUUGCUUGCUCCUCGUUCGUUAAACAAAAAUAAAUUGAAAAGAGAUAAAUAUCGAGGAGCAAUGAAUUCAAAUAAUUAUAAAAUAUCGAAAAUUCCAUCACGUUUAUCAUCGAAAUUACACGGAACAAUUCCUUACGAAUUAAAUUCAAAUUAUGGAAAUUACGAGCAUCUGCAGUAUUUACCCAUCAUUCAUGGAAUACCACCUCACGUUUAUCCCUUAACCGUACCUUUUCGAAUCACUUAUGAACAAGUUGAGCCUCCGAUCGGCAUUAAUGCUCCAGUUUCUCAACAAUAUCAACAAAACUCAAUGAACAAUCAACAAACACCGGUUAAGCAACAUGUUGUUGCGACAAAUAAUCCAUCUGAAAUGUAUGACAAAUUGAAUACGUUGAUUCCUAAAGAAGAAAAGAAAAACAAUGAUUUCUCGACGACCAUGAAUUAUCCUGACCAUGAAGAGAAUGACCCAAAUUCGGAUAAAGAAAUCGAUGAGGAUUCGUUCGAUGCAAAUAUGCUACAAUGUAUAGAAUUGUACGGUCGCGAAGUAUGCAUGCUUGCUGCUGCAACAGCUUGCAAAUCUUUCAAUAAAAAUAACAAUAACUUAUCCGAGGGAAAGGUCGGAUCGAUUCUUAAUUACUACGAUACAUCAUCUGUUGAACAACCAAAUACAUACGAUAAUAAUUAUGAUUAUUACGAUUCUACAAAAUCCAAUAUGAUAACAGAAAAUGAUCUUGAUGAUGAUGAUGAUCGAAUAACUAUGAAACUAUCGACUGCAAAUGCUAACAAAGAUUAUUACGAUUUUACCACAUCGGAUAUUAUAUCUGAAACUUCGAAUUAUGUUAUAACCGAUAGUUAUCGAACUUCGAACGAUGAUUCUUCAUUCAUAAAACAAUCAACGAUGUAUUAUACUUCGGACGAAAACUAUAUUGAUUCGAACACUCCAGAAUAUUCGACCAUGGAUUCCACUGAAAUUUCUCUUCUUGGAGAAACACAAAAUUCUCAAGAAGAAAAUCAAUUAUCGACGACUCUUACUUCUCUUGAUGACAUCACUGAUGAAAUUAAUACAAAUAGCAACCCAUUUACUUACGAUUAUAAUUUAUCCAAGGACAGUACGACGAAUUUAAUUAACGAUUUACCAAAUGUACAAACUACAAACAUUCCAGAGAUAACGGACGAUCAAACUAAUUCGCAAGAUGUUUUAACAACUGUAAGCUACACGAAUUCAAUCGAUUCAAUUAUAGGAAAUACUGUAAAUACAGAUGAAACAACUACAGAAUAUAACGACGAUGUGUUAGGAAGAGAACAUUCGACUAACAAAAAUCAAGAAGACGAUAAUAAUAAUCCAGAUAAGAAAACAGCUUUAAAAUACGACACGCAUGAUUUUUCUCCAAUUACGAAUACAGAAAAAUCCGAGCAGACAACGAUCGAUUCAUUUUUAGAGAACACCAUGUCGGAUUAUGAUUAUCCGACAGAUAUUUCAAAUCAGUAUGCUUCGUCAAACGUUAUCACUUCACCGAUAGAAUCUUCAGAAAGUGAUGAAGAAUCAACGAUCAAUGAUUUUACAGUUGAAAAAGUAAAUCAUGAUAAAACUAAUAAUCCUAACGAAGAAGAGUUCAUGAAAUUAUCUGAAAACUUCGAUACCACCUUAAAUCCAGUUACGAUUAUCGAUGAUCAUGAAAACAUUGAUAACCGAACUCUUGAUAAAACUUCAAACGAUGACGUUGAAUCGACGACACAUCAUUUACUUUUCUGCGACAAUAAACAGCUCGUAAAUUCGAUUAAAACGGUCAUAAAUCAUUUCAGUUCAAAGGAUAUAAAUCCUGAUGAUCUUAAGGACUUUAAUAAAACGUCCGAUAAAGUAGAACUAUCUCCAGAGAUUGUUGGAAUCCCGCAUUUGCAAUCUCUCUUAUCGUUAACGCCAAUCGAGAACGUAAUCGUUAAGAAGGUGAAAGAUCACUUAUCAACACAUUUCGGAAUACCUAGAAACGCUUUGCACGAUGAAGGAUCUAGCAAUGUGAUUAGAGAAACUCUUAGAAAUACAUUAAAUCUCUUACCAAAUAUGCAAUCAGAACUUCCACCGAUGACCGUCGAGGAACAUCAAUUUCAUUCAGGACAUUGGACAACCAACUUGGUGACUCUUCUUCCACUUACAUCGUCUGAAAGAAAAAAAAAUCAUGACAUUUCUCAAAGAUUACGCGAACAUUUAAAGAGUCUCAUUUAUCAUCCUGCGAUUGGUUUAGAAUCAGCUAGACAACACAGUACCGUACAAAAUUUAAUCAUUCAAACUGCAAAACAUCAAAUAGAAAACACUGAUGAUAUGGAAAUAGAUGAGAACAUGAUUCGAGAUAUUUUAGGAAGUGUUUUACAAGAUGAUGACUCGUACGAUGAACAAAAUUAUUCGAAAGAUCCGUCGAUGAUAGAAACUACAAAUAAUUACGAAACAACGACAGAAAUUACAAUAUCUACGAAAGGUAAUAAUCAAUUGGAAAGUUUCGAAAGUACGACUGAUGAUUUAUUAACCGAGUUGUAUUCUACAAAUGCAAAUGAAAUAGAAACAAAUAAUUAUUCAAAUGAUAUUCCAGAUAGAUACAUUUCCAGUACUGAAUUUUAUGGGGAAAAUGUUGAAGAAGAUCAGAAGAGUAGAGGAGGAGGAGAAUCAACUCCUCUUUUUGAAAGAACAUCUACGAGAAAUGUUGCUAACAUAAAUGAAGAAAUUCCUGGAAUAUCCAAGCCAGAAGAACAAUCGAAUGAAAGUAGUAGCAAUAAAGCUGAGACUAAUGAAUCGGAAGUACUUAGGUUACCACAAAAUUCCUUUGUUGGAGUUGGUAAUCCCACUUCGGAGAACGUAGAAGGAUCCUUGCAAGAUAAAAAGAAAUGUCCUCUUUGUAAAAUAGAGAAUAACGCCGAUACACGAGAAAUUGUUACUAACUUUAGCAAAGAAGUUCAAACAACAAUUGACUAUUACGAAUCAAAGGAUACUCCUUCUGAAAGUAAUCCCAUAGUUUCUGAAGCAUCCAAAGAUGAUAUCACAAAUAAUAGCUCGGAAAACAGAGAAAAUGAAAAAGAUGUAAAUGAGAACAAUAAUGACGAUUCUACGACUUAUCAAAAUUUCAUUCAUCAAGAUUCUAAUUCUGAAGAAAAUUUCACUUAUGAGAACAAAAUGAAACAAAAUCAAUUGAAUGAAAUCGAUAAGGGUAAACACGAUUUGUCAGAAUUGCAAAAUUCCGAGAUGUAUUACGUGGGAGAAAAUGUGAAAUUUCCGUUGGAAAUUAAAAAAUUGAAAGAUGGCUCAAUGAAAUUUAUUAAGAAGAUGCAGAAAACUCGUGAAGCAUUUAGACAACAACGUGCCAUAAAACAAAAUUCAAAUAAAGGUACUGAUGUACUUAAAAGUUUAGUAAAUUGGUUAAGAACGUUAUUUGUCGAAUAA